CAAGAAAAGCCCGAAAGCUAGUCCCGUCCCUGUCAGGGGAGAUGCCAACCAUCUCUCCUUUCUACGAACACAUUACUGAAUCCAACUAAAAACGUAUAUAAUGGAUAUCCUGUAUUUUAAUAUGACCGGUGUGGGAUACUUGUAGCUGGGUUUUCUAGUCUUCUAGACUGCAAGCAUCGAAGUAGCCGUCUCCCAACCGCACUCACACAACAAUUAAAAUGCAACAAGCCGCCGUGACUGCUGCGGCUCCGUCUGUAUCGCCGCCUCCGCCGGAGUCGAAUGGCUCGGCUGCAGACGCCCCACCCAAGCAGGUUGCCAUGGCCCUGGAGCGGCUAGGGAAGGCGGGCCGACUGAUCGCGGACAUCAGACUCGGCGCUGAUCGCCUCCUGGAAGCCCUAUUCGUGGCCGCUCAGCUUCAGCACUCCUCCAAACCCGCGAGUUUGAUCCUCGAUGAAGAAGCUUCAAUGCGACAACACUUUCAAGACCUCCGCGCUAUUGGCAGACAGUUGGAAGAUUCAGGUGUUCUGAAUGACGCACUUCGUUCACGCAGCAAUUCGUGGGGCCUCCAUAUGCCACUUGUUUGUCCAGAUGGUGCUGUUGUGGCUUAUGCAUGGAAGCGUCAACUUGCUGGUCAAGCUGGUGCAUCCGCGGUUGACCGGACCAGGUGCAUUUUGAAUUCCUUGUUUUCAGCGAAUGUUGGCAUCUAAAGAAUAAUGAAUACUUCAUCCGCCUGAUUUGUUAGCUCUAAAAGCAUUCACUGAUCAGAAAAGGCGCUUUUUUCCUCACCUGGAUAAUGGUUGCGAUGAGGGAUCACCAAUAAAGAAAAACUGUUAUCCAACAGCGAGUGAUCAAUAUGAUAUAAGUAACCUAAGAACAGUAUCUGAUAUUCUGACGCAUCUGGAAAAAGCAAUUCCAAACAUGAAAGCUUUUACCUACCAACGCUUGGAUUGGUUGAAGCGGGCUUCCUCUUUGCCGUCACCUGCCCAUCAAAGUUCUGUUGAAUCACUGAAAAAUCACAACUUUCAUAUUAGGAACAACUUAAGAUCAGGAUCAAAUGACAAUGCUGCUAGAGAAAAGAUUACAGUCAUCGAGUUGUUCAUUCCCUCUGUUCUCCGAGCUAUUGUGUCAGUACAUCCAGCUGGUUCAGUGGACCCUGAUGCUGUUGCUUUCUUUUCUCCAGAUGAGGGUGGAAGCUAUGUCCAUUCACGAGGGGUUUCAGUUCAUGAAGUUUAUAGGCUCAUCACGGAGCAUGCUGGUGUCGCUUUGCAGCAUUUCACAGGGGUGAAUGAAGAAACAGCUUUAUGUUCACUAUUGCUCUGGAUAUACAAUUACCAGUCUUUGUUCAGGAAAGUUUGCAGCAAAUGUAGCCGACUACUCUUGAUGGAUAAACAGUCCGCAGUGUUGCUACCUCCUGUAAAGCGCUCUUUCACAAACACUUCUGCGGUUAAGAUUUUAUCAAAAACUUCCUUGCCAGAAGAUAGGAAUGUAGAUUCAAACCAGGCUUUUCAUAUUAGCUGCUAUUCUGAGGAAGCAUAGAUGGCCCUACUAUGAAUCAUUAAUAUGCUAAUUGUAAUUUCUUGCACAAGUAAACAUCUUUUCUAUAAAAGCAUAUUGAGGGCGCAAAUGAGAUUCUCCAUCCAAUUAAUUAGUUGCAUACUUGCAUUGGCUCUUUUAGUUGGGGAUUUUGGUGUUAUAGUCUUCUAGAUAAUCCAUGGAUCCUCUAUCAAGUGGUUUCGUAGGUGUAAACUGGUUGUACUUAUAAUGUAUUGUGCUAGGUCUGUUGCUGGUAUAAACUGGUAUAGAUUGCUUGUUGAAAUGGUUAUAGUGUAUUAUAAACUGGUUUCAAGGAAUUCCCAUAUUUAUAACAUGGUGCUAUUGUUAGCUGGAUUGAUCUGUCUACCCAGUACCC